AUGGAUGCCGAUGUCAUUACCUACGGUGCUGGAAUUGGUACCGGUGUGUAUGACAUCCACUCUCCUAGAAUACCAUCAACUGAAGAGAUUGCCGACCGAAUUAACAAGAUGCUUGCCGUGCUCGAGACCAACAUCUUGUGGGUUAACCCCGACUGCGGUCUCAAGACUCGCAAGUAUGCUGAGGUGAAACCGGCCCUAAGCAACAUGGUUGCUGCUGCCAAGCUGCUCCUCACCCAACUUGCUAGUGCCAAGUGA